UCUUUGGUGUGUCAACUGUCAAAUGGGCAAUGGCAUAUUUUCGUUUAGGGACUUGUGUUAUUUUCUAUUAAUUAUUGUGAAUUUUUUGUUAAACUUGAUUUACAGUGUACUCAGUUUUUCCAUAUACAUCAUACAAAUUAUAUUAAAUCAAUUCAUAGAUGUAAAUAUGACGGAAAAGUCGAAAAAGCGCAAAGGGAACAUACCAAGCCAACCUAACCAAACACUUUUAAAACGAGUAAUAGAUGAAAAUUGGCAAAAGUUACUAUCUAGCAACCUAAUGGAUGUGAAAACCGAGAAAACUGAAGAAAAGAAAGAAAUCUACACUGGCAUUUUCAGAAGGGCGCGAAAAAAAAACCCCGAUGUAUCCAACUCCAAAGAUCUAAAAGGCCUUAAUAUUAAUAAUAUAUCAUUAAAUAAUAACACGGAAAAACAGAACGGAGUCAUUAAAUGUGAAUCACAUCAUAAUAAACAACAAUCUAAUAUAAAAAAUCAAAAAAACGAUAAAAACCAAAACAAACUCACCAAGUUCAUUGCUAUGGAUUGUGAAAUGGUUGGUGUGGGAUUCGAAGGCGGUGACCACAUGCUGGCUAGAGUGUCGUUGGUCAAUAAAUUCGGCGAUUGCAUAUACGAUAAGUUUGUGAAGCCUCGGGAAGAAGUUGUAGAUUAUAGGACAAAAAUAAGUGGCAUUAGGAAAGAGGAUCUAGUUCACGGUGAAGACUUUGCGACAGUACAAAAAGAGGUGGCAGAGAUAUUGAGAGGCAGGAUACUGGUCGGCCACUCACUGAAGAACGACCUGGGAGUUCUGUUCCUGUCGCACCCUAAGAAGAAUAUACGAGAUACGUCCAGAUACAAACCAUUUAAAAAAAUAACGAAGGGCAGUACACCGUCUCUCAAACGGCUGGCCAAAGAGAUUCUAUCAAUAGACAUCCAGCACGGAGAGCACAGCUCGGUGGAAGACGCCAAAGCUGUGAUGCAAGUGUACUGCACUGUGGCCAAGAGCUGGGAGCAAGCGCUCAGUGAGAAACGGGGAUACAGUAAGAAGUUUGUCGAAUCAUAACUGUAUUAGCCGUAAGAACGCUGUUUCGUCAAUGUAGUUCUCAUUUCUGUGGGAAUAUGGGUAUGCCUUGUUACUCAUUGAUAAUGUAUGCUUUUAAAAUGGAUUCAAAUCGGUCCAGUAGUUUCUGAUUUUUUUUGUUACAUACAAGAAUUAAAAUUUCCUCUUUAUGAUAUUUUUUUUUUUUUUUUUAAAAAGAAUAUUUGCCAUAUCUUUUAUAAUAUGACCAAUAUUCCCAUUGCCCUCCAACUAGUCGGGAAAGACUGUGCUAGGAGUGGGUACGACAAUAGACCAACGGGGCGGGGAUCGAACCACCACCCUUCAGUGAUGAGUCCGACCGCUCUUACCGUUGAGCUAUUGAGGAUAUUAGUGUAGCAUAGCUUUUAAAUGUAAAUCAUAUGUAUGGAAGACGGAAGUACAUAUUCCAUACAUAAAAUAAACAAAGUCCUCUGCCACAUCAGUUUUUAUGUUCAGUUCAGUUCAAAGACUACCGACUAAUUCUCAUAAAGUUUAUAUCAAUCAUCGUAAUUUUAAAAAAAAUAAUUAUAAAUUAAAAUAAAGUUUACUGUACAUCACACACACAACUGAGGGCCUAGUGGCGGUUUGAUACUGUUACGAUCGCGUUAACGUAAACGCGGUUUUCUUAGGAAUUAAAACAGCGCCAUCUAGUGGCAUUGCUGCACAACUGUUUCAAUUCCAUGUAAAUUCGCUUUUACGUUAUAUAACAAUUUUACGAAAUAUGAAAACUCCCACUAGGCACACUGAAGUAAAAUUUCUUUCAAAAAUAAAAAAGCGCCAUCUAUGAGCCACAGGCGUAACUGCAUAGUAACAGGUUUUUGAACAAAAGGGUUUGUUUCAAAGUUCUUAAAGAACGCCAUCUACUGGCAGUUCAAUCAGGGUUCCCAACUUAGGGGUUUUCCCCCCAGAUUUAGGGGGCAAAUAAGUGAAAUGGGAUUUUUUUAGGGGUCUGAAAUUUUUAGGGGUAUUUUCAGGGAUUUAUUGACUCUUUAAUAUUUUUAAAUUGAUGAUAAUUUUAAUAUUUCUUUUUUGACCUAGAGACCUAUAACGAUAUUACGUUAUUCUACAACCAAUCAGGCAUUUUUCAUCAAAUAAAAAAAAAUGUUAAAUUUACUCAUUAUCAACAUGUAUGAUUAAAAAAAAUGUGAAUCUUCAGAUAAAGACGUAAUAUUUUGUCUGUAUUAAAUAUAGACUUUUGAAACAUAUUACAACAUAUAAUUUCUAAAUUAUUAAGAAUUUAUAUUUUUAGGGGGACAACUCAAUAAUUAAGGCGAUUUAAGGGGUUUUUGACACAAACUUUAGGGAUGAAUAUUUUGGAAAGUUGGUAACACUGAGUUCAAUAUAACAAACACUGUUUCACUAUAACCUGUAGAUGGCAGCACGCAUCUCACGAUUACGAUUUGUCGUAACACAUUUGCCAACAUUGUUCCCAAAGUAAAAUGUGCGUAAUGUCUUACUUCAAAAAUAAUAAUGAUGAUUGUGAUGAUGAUGAUUGUGAUGAUGAUGAUUGUGAUGAUGAUGAUCUAUGAUGUCCACACUAACAAAAAAAAAAUCCGCUAUUCAUAAAAAUCAAUCAAUUAUUAUAAAAAUUAAUUAUAAUAAUUGAUUGAUUUGAUUGGCAGGCUAUUUAUAAAAAUUAAGCUGAAUAAUAAUUAAUACUUGAUUCCCAGCUUACACCGAUCAACCUCUAAAAGUGUGUCUUCCUUACCACGCGACAUUGGUGAAGUAAAUUGUACCAGUUGGUACAGCAGCAAGCCAUAAAAUCAAAAAUUUAAUUGAAUUGAGCAAGAGAAACCGAGUUACAGGAAAUUCGUUGAAUCCUGUGGAUAUGGUUGAAACCUAUGGUUAUGGUUGAAAUAUAACUAUACUAGCGGACGCCCGCGACUUCGCGUGGAUAUCAAUGUAAACUUUCAAAUUCUAUUUCACCACUUUAGGGUCUGAAUUUUAAAAAUUUUUGAAUAAUAUGAUAUUUCGUAUUUUUUUCAUGAUUUAUAAACAAAUUGUGACUAAAAAUUAAGGACUUUCCAUACAACCUUUCAACCCCCUGUUUUAUCUCUUUCUAUUUUUAUUUUAAGGUCAAAAAGUAACCUAUGUUUUGCUCCAAGGUCCCAUUUACCAUUAUACCAAAAUUCAUCUUGAUCAGAUCAGCCGUUUAGCCGUGAAAAUGUACAAACCAAAGUCCACUAUUAUUAUAAAAAUUCUUUUACUAAUAGAAAGCUACAUUAUCAGCGAGUAACAUUGGCUAUAUAUUGUCUGUGUAUUCCUACGGGAAUUGCGGGGCGUAUAAAAUAAAUAAGUACAUAUAAAAUGCAAUAAAUGUUUAAAUUAUUGUAAGUGCCUUUGAUAUUGAUUAAUCUACUGGGUGGCUUAUUUUAUCGAAUCAAAAUAAAUGAGGAGUAAUGUGUAAGGAUGUCACCAUUAAGGGGGGGAGACACGCUAAGGUCAACUAACCCCUUUGAAAUAAAAAAAAAUUAAAGGCAAAGGUAGUAAGGGAACCCUUUGAAUAAACAUUUUAAAAAUUAUUAAAAAAAAACAAAAACUUCUCACAUUAGUAUUGUCGGCGUAUUCAAUCCCAUACGGGGCUCUUAGUCAUGAACUUGCAACGCCUCUUGAGCGAAUUUAAUUUAUCUAUUUCAAUAUUACAGAAAACUUAAAAUAUAUUGAAAAAUAUAAAAAAAUCCUUCCUUAUUUUUUUUGAGAUUAAAAAGUCACCUAGAAUGAAUACAGAUAUGCUUGUAUUUAAUAUAUGUCCAAAGUGCCUAGUGGGAGUUUUUAAUGUUUUCAUACAAUGACGAUCGCGUAAACGUAAACGCGAAUUUCUGAGGAAUUGAAACAGCGCCAUCUAGUAGCACUACUGCACAACUGCUUCAAUUCUAUAGAAAUUCACGUUUACGUUUACGCGAUAGUCACAGUAUGAAAACAUUGAAAAGUCCACUAAGGCACUCUGUUUAUAAUAGUACUCGAUUUUCACCCACAUGACAGGGAAUUUGACAUUAUCAAGUUACGCCCACCAACCUGCAUUAAAGUAGCAUGGUGGGUAAAAAGUCUCUGUAGAUUCCCUGUUAGAGGCAUAAUUUGUCAGACAUUAAACUGUGUAUUUCAAAAUCCGAAUUCUUUGAUUAAAACCAAAAUUGGUCACCCAUCCAUUUUUUGACACGAGUCAAUGUUGCAUAGCGAAAAAAUCUGCUUACUUGUAUUGACCUUUAAAAAUUCUACAUUUGUAAUUUGGGUUCUUUUUUAUAAUAAACAUCUGUUUUUGUAAA